GUCUUUGUUUGUUGUGAGCAGAAAAAGUUCCCCCAACUCUUUGCUAAGAGCUGUGUUCUCACCAGCUGGCUCUCAUUAUCGACACGCCAUGAACAUUUCUUCAACUACAUAACAAUUUUAUGAGAGCCAUUAAUUCAUAGACUACUAGCUAGCUAUUUCAGACAAGCUUAGUUGGAAGUAUCCCUCACCCCCUCAAGAGUUUUCUCCCAUGGAUUCCACCAUUUUCUUUGUACUUUCAUCCUUCCUAACUUUGUCACACUGUCUGAAAGUUGAAUCAGCAAAAGUAAACCCCCAAAUCACUGUCAUGGGCAUUGUUUACUGUGACAUUUGCUCCAACGGCACCUUCUCAAGGCACAGCUACUUCUUACCAGGUGCAGAAGUUAAAAUAGACUGCAUGUUUAGAGCAAUUGCUCCAAGAACCACAGAACAGCUAACAUUCUCAAGCAACAGAACCACAAAUAAGCAUGGAGUGUACAAGUUGGAAAUACCAGUUGUUGAUGGAAUUGAAUGUGCAAGGGAUAAAGCAAUGGGGAACUCCUGCCAUGCAAGCUUAAUAUCAAGCUCUGCUUCUUCGUGCAGUGUUCCAGCUUACAGGACCACAUCAGAUGAGAUUUCAAUCAAAUCACGAGAAGCCAAUAUGUGCAUCUACAGCCUAAGUGCAUUGAGUUUCAGGCCCUCCAAGAGGGAUACUUCCUUGUGUGGUAAUUUAGAAUGAAGAAAUAGCAACUUCAGUAAAAUUCUUCACAUUCCCCUGCCAGAAAUAAUAAUCAUUCUUCUGAUAUUAUUACAUUUUAGUCUUGUUUAAUCUUAAAUCUUAGGUUGGGAUGGCCAAAUGGGCAAUGUUGUUUGUCUCAGUAGUAGAAUCUUCUUGUAUGGACGGUUUUUGAUACAAGAAGAAUUACAUUGUUCAUUCAAUUCAGCAUUUUGUUGUGGUAAAACCUCUUAUGUGUAAUUCCAGCAAUGCUGAAUGCCCCUUU